CCACGAUGAGUGUCCCGGAGUUAAAUGCCGCCCAGCAGGCCAAGCUGCAGCUGAUGCAGGAGAUGGAGAUCGAGAUGAUGUCGGAUCUGUACAGCCGCAUGACUCAGGCCUGCCACAAAAAGUGUAUCCCGCCCAAGUACGCCGACUCCGAGCUAGGCAAGGGCGAAUCCGUCUGCAUCGAUCGGUGUGUGGCCAAAUAUCUGGAGGUACACGAAAGGAUUGGCAAAAAGCUGACCGCCAUGUCAGCGCAGGAUGAAGAUCUUAAGAAGAAGAUGGGCGUGUAAAAACCUAGUAGUCACCUCGUGCAGCAUUUUCGAUGUUUUCAGUUUCAGUUCUUUCAGUUCACAAAUGUUACCUCCAUUUCACUCGUGUUACUUGCGGUCAUUAAUGGUUAGCGUGUUAGAUAUGCUAGGACACCCGAUUCCCCGCGUACGAGCGGGGAACCGGGUGAUCGCGCCUCGGUCAGUCCCCGUGGUGCGGUAUAGAUUACAUUAUGUACACCGAAGCGGAAACGGGCUGUAAGCUAUAGGGCGAUAGGAAUAAACCUUAACAACCCGCAUUCCCACGUU